UGUCAAUGGGAGGAUCAGGCAGGCUGGCGGGGACUGGAGCCGGGGCAGGCAACAAGUGAUCAGGGGCACGCCAUCAGAGGGCUCAAGAUGAAUCAGGAUGCGGUGCGGCUUCCAGGGGCAGCGGAGACCUUGGCCGAAGUGCCUGAACAUAUACUUAGGGGGAUUCCUGAAGAAGUAAUGCUUUCGCCUUCUAACGUUGAUAAGACGCGGCUUGGUAUCUGGACAAGAAAGCCGGUUCCAAAAGGAAAGAAGUUUGGCCCGUUUGUUGGUGAAAAGAAGAAACGGUCCCAAGUAAAGAAUAACGUGUACAUGUGGGAGGUCUAUUACCCAAACCUGGGGUGGAUGUGUAUCGACGCUACGGAUCCCCAGGAAGGCAACUGGUUGCGCUACGUGAACUGGGCGCGCUCUGUAAAGGAACAGAACCUUUGCCCUCUAGAGAUCAACAGGGCAAUUUACUACAAAACCCUAAAGCCAAUUGAGCCAGGAGAGGAGCUGUUAGUCUGGUACAAUGGGGAAGACAACCCAGAGAUAGCAGCUGCUAUUGAAGAGGAGAGAGCCGCCAGCCAUCGCAAUAAGAAGAGCUCGCCCAAAGGCAGAAGGGGUAGAAGAAAAUCAAUCAACAGUAAAAAGAAAACCGAACUCGGCAAUCAAGAGAAAAAGACUCCUCCGGAAAUCGGUGUCGGCGAAAUGAAGGACUCUACAGACGCCUCCAAUGAAGAAGAUACGAAGCCACUUGGUUCGCCAGUCCUGUCUCUCGAACAAACCGCGGUGAUCCAAGAGAUGGUGAAUCAGAAUGUCCUUCCGGAGCCCAUUUCCAUCGCUGCUCCAGAAGUACAGACAUUACCGGAAAGUAAAAGUCCCGAACCUACCACGACGGAGCCCGACGCGCUAGACGAGCUGAAUAAGGAGCUUUCGGACAGAGAUUCUGUAACUAUGGAAGAUGACCAGUCGGAAGUGCUAGAAGAUGUUAAAAGUACAUCUGACGAGACUCCAGACAGCUCCCCCAAAAAGAAAUUGUCUGCUAAACUUCCUAAACUCAAGGGCGAGGUGAACGGAGAUUCGCAAGAAGGUUUCAUGUUUCCGUGCCAACACUGUGAGAGGAAAUUUACAACCAAACAAGGCUUAGAGCGUCACAUGCAUAUCCAUGUCUCCUCCAUAAACCACGCGUUCAAAUGCAGAUACUGCGGGAAGGCGUUCGGCACUCAGAUUAACCGCAGAAGGCACGAGCGGCGCCACGAGGCCGGCCCGAAAAGGAAGUCCAUAAUCCUUUCUUCAGGGGAAUUUGGUGAAAGUCAUAAACCUAUUAUCGAUUCCCUGAAGGCACCAGAAGAAAGCAGUUGUAGACCUCAUUAUAAGCUGGCGGACUCCGACAGAGAAGCUUCACAUUCUGGGCAGGGAGACGAAAAUGGAGAAUUGAGGGAGCUGCACCCGUGUAGAUACUGCAAGAAAGUGUUUGGAACGCACACCAACAUGCGUCGGCAUCAACGCCGGGUCCACGAGCGCCACCUGCUUCCCAAAGGCGUGAGGAGAAAAGGCAACAUGCUCGACGACCCUCAAUUAAAAUGCGAACAAAGUAAACCCGACGAAACCAUUUACGUAGAAAAUACAGAAAUUGAGGAAGACGGCGAAGCGGAGGAUAUAUAUAUUAUGGAUAUUUCCAAUAAUAUCACGGAAAACCUGGCCUACUACAUCGACGGUAAGAUACAGCCAACCAGCGCCAGCAGUUGUGAUGUCGUGGAGGUAGAAACCAGCUCUACGGAGGUCCUGGGUCUUAACUGUCUCAUCACUCCGAUUAAGGUCGAGGUUUCUCAGAACUUCAGACCGUUACAGAUCUCGUCGGAUAAUCCUCUCAGCGAUUCGUCUUGCAGCGGGAAGAUGGAACCGAAAAAGAGAAGAACGAUUAGUCCACCUCUGCUAUCGAAAAUCAAAACCGAGGUGGAGGCCGAGCCCAUAACGCCAUCUUCCUCUUUAGGUAUUCCUCUGAGCGUGUCUGUCGGUGACAGUAUAGUUAUUCAGAAGGAAAAAAACGUAUUUUUAUCCUCAAAACUUAAACAGCUCCUUCAAAUGCAAGAUAGUAACAAGUCUCCGGCCGGUCCCGCGUUGCUCUCGGAAGUUCCCAAAGUCAACCCUGCCGUGACCUCUCUGUCGGCCGGGACAAAUAGGUUCAAAAGACGCACGGCCUCUCCUCCGACGUCUCCUCAACUCAGCCCAACCCCGAAAGACUUUGUUAAGCAGGCAGAUGCGAAAACCACGUGGAACGAUAGCGUUUGCUCAAAAAUACCAAAGUUAGAAAGCCAGAGUAGUUCCCCUGUCUGGAGUCUGUCUGGUAGAGAAGAGCGAGAGGAUGCCAGCCCAAUGUGCUCGGAGGAUGUAAAAACAUCCAAGGAUUGGACUUCAAAUGUAGUCUUUGGGAAUGUGUGCAGCCAGCAACCUCUGGAUUUAUCGAGUGGCGUAAAACAAAAAUCUGAAGGCAGAGGCCGCUCACAGGUUCCCUGGGAAUCCGUUCUGGAUCUCAGUGUCACCAAGAAGCCGUUAAGUGACAGUGACGUGAAGGAGUACAAAGGGAAUAACUUAUGUGCUGGCACCAAAAAGAAAAAACCCACGACCUGUAUGCUGAAGAAGGUCUUGUUGAACGAGUACGAUGCCCCCGGGGUAACUGGGGACAGUGUCCCACCGACGGAUACUCCUCUGGUCGUGUGUAAAUUAGAGGAGAACAGAGUGGAAAUUGGUGUUGGCUCCAUAGAUGUCUCUCUUGUUCCUGACAAUGCUUCACCUGAUCCCGAUGACAGCGUCUCUGCACCGUUGUGUCGAUCGCCGCCUGUUCUUACUCCAUCAGCGGCGCAUUCGCCAACUCAUUGCCCUUCGUCUCUGCGUGAUACAUCAUCAUCAUCAUCACCACCACCACCUCUGCUCUCCAGUAACCUUCCAUCACUCCCGGGUUCUUCAUGCAGCGUGCCUCCCACUCCGUCGUGCCCGUCUCCGCUAUCUGCAGGCACCCAGUCACCGCUUCCAAUACUUUCACGUACUGUAUCGCCUUCCCAGUCCCUUUCACCUCCGCCUUCUACAGCCGAUCAUUCGAUAUGUGCUUCUCCUGGACCUCCUACCCUGUCGUCGUCAUCAUCAUCGUCGUCAUCCUGUUCGUCUUCUUCGUCUUCCUCCUCGUGCUCCUCUCCUCCGCCUUUAUCGGUGGUUUCAUCUAUCGUAUCUCCCUCUGAAUCUUCAGCUGUGGUGGUUAAGAAAGAGAAACCGGACGGAGAGGUGGCAACAAACGAAUCGUUACACAAAAGGGUCAAGGAUUCCUUUUCCGAAGGUUUCAGUAAGACCUUUGUGUGCAAUGUUUGCGAGUCGCCGUUCCCAUCCAUUAAGGACCUCACCAAGCACAUUAUCGUACAUGCCGAAGAAUGGCCCUUCAAAUGUGAAUUUUGCGUGCAGCUUUUUAAAGAGGUGUCUACUCUUUCAGAGCAUCGCUCUCUGCUUCACGGGGUUGGGAAGAUAUUUGUCUGUUCUCUUUGCAAGAAGGAAUUUGCCUUUCUUUGUAACUUGCAACAACACCAACAGGAUCUCCACCCGGAUAAAGAGUACAGUCAUCGUGAACUGGAGAGUGGGACUCUUCGACCUCAGAACUUUACAGAUCCCGGUAAGGCCAGCUUGAUUCAUCAUCCAGGGGCAGACGAUGACCCCAUGACUCCAUCUCCAGAAGAAGAUGGAGAUUUGAACGAUUCUUCAGAAGAACUUUACACAACAAUAAAGAUAAUGGCGUCGGGGGAAAAGCAAAAAGAUCCGGAUGUCCGGAUGGGCCUUAACCAGCACUAUCCCAGCUUUAAACCACCGCCUUUCCAGUACCACAGCAAAAACCCCAUGGGCAUUGGGGCAUGCGCAACCAAUUUUACCACGCACAAUAUUCCGCAAACUUUUACUACCGCGAUACGUUGCACUAAGUGCGGAAAAGGGGUCGACAACAUGCCGGAGUUGCACAAACAUAUUUUGGUGUGCGCGUCCGCCAGCGAUAAAAAGAGAUACACUCCUAAAAAGAAUCCGGUGCCCCUGAGGCAGAUCGUGCAGCCCAAAAACGGGGUCGUGGUUCUGGAAGCCCCCGAAAAGACUUCCUUUCGUCAUAUGGGGCAGCCCAAAAAGCUUAACUUUACCCUCGAAAUUAGCAGAAUGUCUUCUAACAAACUCCGAUUGAGUGCGCUGAAGAAGAAAAACCAACUGGUACACAAAGCAAUCUUGCAGAAGAACAAGACGGCCAAACAGAAGUCGGAUUUUAAGUCGGAGCUGCCGUCUGAUCUUGAUUCUCACGUCUGUCCGUACUGCAACCGGAAGUUCACGUAUAUUAGAAGUCUAAGUAAGCACGCGUCCUUCAGCUGUCCCAAGAAGCCCGCAUCGCCGCCCUCCAGAAAACACACGGCCAAGUCAUCGAAAAAGAACGUUCAUAGUUUUCAGUCUUCUUCCAAGAAACGCAAGGUCAGUAGCACCAGGAGAACUGCUGACGCGGAGAUAAAAAUGCAAAGCACAGAGGCGCAUUUAGGAAAGACGAGGGCGAGAAGUUUAGCGCCGGCGCCCAUCCAGUUGACUCCAUUACCGGUGAAGUCCAAGCAAAAUGGGAAAUACGUACCUCAGGUGAAAUCCAAAAAGAACCUUCCCAGUAUCAGGAACUCCAGCCCGGUGAGAACGGCCAAAGGUCACGCUGCCCCCGAAGGGAAAAAAACGAAAAAAAUUACAUUGAGCAGCCUGCCCCAAUCUUUCGGAAAGUCGGCACGGAAACUACACGUCCGGGUGCAAAAAAGCAAGCUGCAAAACAAAUCCUUGGCGAAAAAGAAAAAAAUGGACAAGUUCAGGGGCAAAUCCAGGGAGAGGGCUGGUGGCCCAAUUACGAGAAGCUCUCAGCUAACCACGAGUACAGACAGCAAAAGGGAUGAUGCGCAUGGAAAGCAGGAAUCCAGGAGCCUGCUUUAAUGCAAGACCUGUUUCUGACCGUCUGUGAACCACAGGCUAGCUGUUGCACGAUGAAUUUGUAAGCACUACAAGAACAAGAAAAUGCAAACACAGCUGCAAAUUUCGAGCCGCCAGUCCUUGCAGUGAAACGCGUAAUUUUUUUUUUUUUUUU